AUGUCGGACGAGCUUAUAAAAGUGGUUAAUUUUGAUGGUUUCAUUAGCCAUGUCAGUGAUUCCGGUGAAGGUUCUGAAGUUAUUAUUUAUGUGGCGCACGUUGUUAGCGAUGAUUCCAGAAUACAAGAAGGAGGCGAAACCGGAGCAGCACAGGAUUUGUUUAAUCGUGAAGAUCAUGUCAGCAACAACGACAAUAAUUUUGGUACUAUAUUCACAAUUCGGGUUGGACAGUGUGUGGAACGUGUUGCUGCAAAAGAUAUUUCCGAAAAUGAAAGAUUAACAAAGGUUCGUUUGAUUGAUAAGGGAAUCGAUGUUGAAGUGGAACGAAAUGCAUUAUUUCCAUCGACUUCAUGUGAUAAAAUUGAUACCGACUGUAUGUGUCCCAUUCUGGUUAUUGAUGCUGGUGAAGAACAAAGAGAAGUGGCAGCGCAAAUUAGCGGGCGUGAAUGUCGCUGCAUUAACGGUAACUUAGUCGUGAUCCCAUCUGUGGGACUUUGUGUUAAAGGUCGAUUACUGGUUUCUUAUGGAAACGGUGGAUAUGCAGAAUUAAAAGAUAUCAGUUUAGUACCAGCAGAAGAACAAGAAAAAUUUACUAUGGAGGAUAUAUCGGAGUCAAAUGUCAACAUGUCACCAAUGCCAGAGCAUACAGAGCCCCUUCGCUAUCAUUGUGAUUCGAUUGCAUGCCGUAGAAAUGCGCUUGGUGGUAAUGAUGAAAAAUAUGAACAAGGAGAAUACGAUGAUAUGAUGAAUGCAUAUGGAAAUGAAGCGUACACUUUCACUGAAAACCAUUUUACAAAUCAAUGCAAUAAUCAAUUUGAUAGGAAUUCAGCAGCUGUUGGAAACGGCAUGUCUUUUGAUCGCCGUAACUAUGAUGAAGGCUUUCCUGGUGCUAGGUUUGACUGUGAUCGCGAAGAGAUGGAUGACAUAUACGUCAUGGAGUCGAGAUCUGAUCUGCCAUACAAACAACACGCAUUUAAAGAAUAUGUGCCGUAUGUCUAUCCCCGUACAAUGCGCAUUCGUUUUGAUAAAAUUGAUUCAUCACUAGCUGAUACCUUUUCAGUUUUCGAACCGAACAUCUUUACAACCGUAGAAAGAAUUCUUCAUGAAGGACGACAACGCUACAGUACUUGCCCACAAUUUGACAUGUCACUGGUUCACCAGUUAAACGGAGUGGGUUGUUUGGUGAAAGCGAGCGUUGACAGUGGUUGUCGCUCUUUGUGUCGUGCUGAAAUAAUCAAAUUUGCGAACAGCACAAAUAGAUUCUCUGUAUACUUGGUUGACUAUGGUUUUUACAAAUGGAUUAAAUUCAAUGAUGUAUUUGACAUAUCAGUGAUUAACAAGAGAGAUAAAAUUUAUUCUUACCGGUAG